CGCUAAUCAUCAGUAAUCAUUCCACAAACACAAAGGUUAUAGUGGUAAUUAACUCUAGCGAUCGAUCCGAUCAUAUAUUCGACUUGCAAGUUAUUUUGUAACGAGCACGUAAAUGAGAGAUGGUAGAUUCCACGGUCCUUAAAACGACAUCAUCGUAUCUCGAAGAGAUAGCAGAAGGCAAGGGCAAAAGCGAGUUCGAGGGAUUAAUCUUGCAAGGCUUAGAACUCAUCCAUGUCGGGAAAGGAGUCUUACGAUGUAAACUACUCGUCACAGAUCGUGUCGCGGGAGAAGAUGGAGCUUGGCACGCCGGAGUGAUGACGGCAGUAAUGGAUUCGAUCGGAGCUGCUGCUGUAUACUCCACCGGCGACGGACUAAAUUCCUCUCUUGAUCUUAACUCCUCGUUUUAUUCAAGGGCCAAGAUUCAAGAAACGGUAGAGAUAGAAGCAAGAGUGAAUGGGAGUAAUGGAGGAUUAAAAUCAGUUGUGAUUGAGAUCAGAAGAGAAACAAGUGGAGAAAUCAUAGCCACAGGAAGGUUGUGGAUGUCCCCUCUUAGCGUCAAAGUCAUACCCAAUGUUUCUGCUCUUCUUAGUAAGCUUUGAUUUUUCUUUUUCAAAAUCUUUUCCCAUUACAACACAAAAUUACCAAUAUUGAAAAUUUGAUUCUCUUCAAUCAAAUACUAGUAUCGUACACACAAAUGGCUUUUUUCUUUGUAAUAAAUUAAGCACACCCAUUAAUUUAAACA